AUGGCUGUGCACAGUCAGACGUCUGUCUUGGGUAUGAUUAAAGAGUUCAGGAGGAAUUGGCGUGCCCUCUGUAACUCUGAAAGAACGACUUUGUGUGGUCCAGAUGCCAUGCUCUUGGCACUGCAGCUUUCCAUGGCCGAAAACAACAAGCAGCACAGUGGAGAGUUUACAGUCUCUCUCAGUGAUGUCUUACUGACAUGGAAAUACUUCUUACAUGAAAAAUUGAACUUACCCACUGAAAGUGUGAAAGUGGUUGACCACUAUGAAGACAUUAAGAAAACAUACAAUGAUUUCUUGAAGAAAAGUAAUAUGCUAGAUCUGAUUGAUGUUUAUGAGAAAUGUAGCAACUUGACUUCUAGUUGUGGGAAUAAUAUGAUAUCCUCUAGCCAGCUUCGGGAUUUUUUGUCUGGCACGCAGUGUGCAGCAAACGAUGAGACUAAUCCUCACAUACCAGCAUCCCCAGUGAAAUGCAACCAGAAUGACGAACAGGUACGGCUAUUGGCAAGGAAAAUUUUCUUUUCCUAUUUGGGCCUGCUAGUGAAUUCCAGGAACGACCUGGCUCUGGCUCAUGUUCUCAACAUCCCCGACCGAGGACUGGGGAGAGAGGCCUUCACUGACUUGAAGCAUGCUGCUCGAGAAAAGCAACUGUCUAUGUUUUUGAUGGCCACAUCGUUUAUUAGAACGUUAGAGCUUGGAGGGAAAGGAUAUGCACCAUCGCCAUCAGAUCCCUUAAGGACACAUGCAAAAGGGCUGUCUGAUCUUAUCAGUUUCAUUGACAAGUUAGAUGAAAUUCUUGGAGAGAUACCAAAUCCAAGCCUGGCAGGGGGCCGGAUAUUGUCGGUGAUAAAGACGCGGCUGAUCAAAGGCCACAGCAGUGCAGAUCCUUUUUAUAAAGCAGUAGAGGAAGUUGUUAAGGAUUUGGAUUUGAGGAUUAAAAAUAUUAUCAGUUCUCAAGAAGGUGUAGCUGUCAGCACCACCAACAUCAGUCCUGUGCCGCCGAAAUCGUUUGCCGUAAACCAUGAUACCGCUUACUGUGGCAGAGAUGCUGUGAAAAUUUUACUGGUUCUUUUGGAUGAAGACGCAGCCAGUGCUCCCACCAGAAACAGAGCAGAGCUUUUAUAUAAUGAUGAGAGUACAGUUCCACACAAUGGAACUUCUAUUCUUACUCUCUUUAGGUCUCCCACACAAGUGAAUAAUACAUCAAUUAAACCCCUCAGAGAGCGAAUCCAUAAGUCAGUGCAAGCAGAAAAAAUUAAGAUGAGGCAGACCUUAAUUAGGUCACAGUUUGCUUGUACUUAUAAAGAUGACUGCAUGACGAGCAAGAGUAAAUGGAAUGUUAAUUUGUCACCAGAGCCGCUGCAUGACGUUUCUGAAAGUGCACAUCCCUCUGUUGUAAGAGCAAGAAUCGAAACAAGUUCUGGAAAUGUGCAUCUGGAUAGAAGUAACGACGACAAAAUACCAAGAAAAUCGACAGAAAAUAAAAUAUCAAAAAGGAAACAGGUGGAUUUAGACAGUGAUAGUAUUCUCUGUGAGGAUGGAAAUGAACCACAGCAACAUAAAAAUGUUAAGUUCCCUAAAGUAUCCAGUGACUCACACAACAAAGCUGGCUGCAGACUAGCCCGAGGAAAAAAAGGGGGCAGGUGCCCUGCCAAGGGCUCACUGAUCCCUGGCCAGACCAAGCUAACGCAGUUCUUUAGGCUGUGA